CAGUCAAACAUAUCCACAUUUCAAAUGGGUAUAAUUUCAGACGGUGAAGAGUAGCUGCGUUUUGUAUUAUCGGGAAAAUCAGUAUCUAUGGAUUUCUCGUUACCUAGUUCGGUCUUCUGCUUCUAUGGGAAUCUUCAACCAUCUUAGCGAUGUCGCCGAGCUCUGCGAAUGUCCGCCUUUUUCUCACGGUCACAGCAAGCUGAGGAAGAAGCACUUGCAGACGGUGGAGAUCGAAGUGAAAAUGGACUGCGAGGGAUGCGAGAGGAAGGUGAGAAAAUCGGUCGAAGGAAUGAAAGGAGUGACCGGAGUGGAAGUUGAUCCGAAGUAGAGCAGGCUUACGGUGACCGGAUACGUCGAACCGGAGAAGGUCUUGGAUCGCCUCAGACACCGAACGGGGAUGAAGGCGGAGUUCUGGCCGUACGUACCGUACGAUGUGGUGCCUAUGCGCCCGAAGCCUACGAUAAGAAGGCCCCGCCUGGAUACGUGUGAAACGUGCUGGACGACCCUGAAGCUUCUUCGCUCGCACAUGCGAGCUCUUUCGAAGUCAAGUAUACGACUGCGUUUAGCGACGAGAACCCGACUGCUCGUGUCAUCAUGUAACACAUGUGACGAAAACAGUGUUAAAUAUGUGCAUAUGUGAAUAAUUAGCGCCCUGAGUAACUAGUAUGUGAGAGGUAUUUUAAAUAAUGAAGAGUUUUAUUUUAG